AUGUCAACUGAUAUUAUGUUUCACAAAGCUGAACAAGAAGCUCUUCUUGCUGGUCAUGGUCGUGUUAAUCAACUUGGUGGCGUUUUUAUCAAUGGGCGUCCAUUACCUGAUGAUCUUCGUCGACAAAUUAUUGAAAUGGCAACUAAAGGAAUUCGUCCUUGUAUGAUUAGUCGACAACUUCGAGUAUCUCAUGGUUGUGUAUCAAAAAUACUUUCUCGUUAUAAUGAAACUGGUUCUUAUAAACCAGGUGUAAGUCAUCGACGACAAAUCAAAGUUAAUAAUCGACAAUUCGAAAAUGAUGAUGAUAUAACAACGGAAGAAUCAGAUGAAAGUAAAAAUAAUUCACUUAACGACACAUUACCGUUACGUCCAAAUUUAACUACACGUCGUUUUCGUUCAUCAUUCACUAGUGAACAAAUUGAUAUUCUCGAACAAUUCUUUUCUCAUACACCAUAUCCAGAUGUCACAACUCGAGAAAAUCUUUCACAUCGUUUAGACAUCGAAGAAAAUCGUCUUCAAGUAUGGUUUAGUAAUCGUCGUGCACGUCAAAAAAAAACAGCAACAACAAUUUCUACAUAUAAUGAAGAAAAUACAGUACCAUCAUGUUUUACACCAUCUACAUUUGAUACAAAACCAUAUACAAUGAAUGAUAAUAUGUUUGAUCCAAUGAUAACAUCAAGUCCGACAACAAAUUAUUGGUCUCCAGUAUCUUCGAUGCCUUAUCAAUCGACGAAUGGUUCAUAUUAUCCAUUAACUGAUCAUUAUUAUUCACCAAAUAUGCCAUCGGUUUAUCCUAACUAUCCUAUGUCAUACUCGCCUUUUCCUUCCUUUUGUUAA